AUGAAAGAGAUGGAUAUGAAGGAGAGCAGCAUUUAUUUCAGGACCCUGAAUACUCUCCAUCUACAGUGUGACGAAGGCAAGCCAGCAUGCUCCAAAUGCAUCAAUCAUGCUAUCGAGUGCGACUUCCUCUCCACGCCAGCUACAUCAUCAGCUUCGCCCUCUUCAGCACCAUCCCCAUCCAAAUCUUCGAAGGCACAAUUUCGAUUCAAGCCUUCUAAAUACCAAUCUGAAGAUUGCAAGCCCAAGAAUAAAACAAGACAACCAUUUUCGCAGACAGUCUCCACGAAAGUCCAAUACAAAGAUCCCAGCUCCAGCACCCUACAAAAUAGUCAGGAUACCGUCUCAUUCGCCGACUUACGACUCUUCCACCACUUUGUCACAGAUACAUACCGCACCCUAGGGGACGAAGCAACCGACCGCAAUCAAGUUUGGCGAACUCACGUUCCGCAAUGGGGGUUCUCCACACCGUCCAUCUUCCAUCUCAUAUUAGCACUGGCAGCCUUGCAUCUGGGCUACCUCCACCCCGAGGCACGAGACCAGUAUAUAUUGCAGGCUGAUGACCACUUCACGUUCGGCAUUCGAUCUGUGUCGGCUAUUCUAUCAAGUCUUAACUCAGAGAACUGCCAAUCGAUCUACAUGUCGACGGUGCUGAUAUGUCUCAUCUAUUUUGCACACGGUCCAAAACCUGGUGAAUACCUCGUGUUCAGUGAUACAGGAAAGGCUGAAUGGCUGGUUCUUAUGAGAGGAGUGAGAUCGACUUUGUUCUCUUGCCAUGACAAAAUCUUUACCGGGGUCUUGGAGAUUCAAACCGACCCUGCUAUUCAGGGCGUGAGCCCCUUGUUACAAGAUGAGCUCGGAGAGCAUCAGUCUCAUCUUAAAGCACUUGGGCGUUUUAUGGAUUCGCAAGCUAGCAGGAGUUCCACAUCUCAUAUUUAUAUCGAUGCACUUGAAAACUUGUCCGAAAUGUUUGAGGAAGCAUACCGAUAUCUAAGUGCUGGGAAGGAUGGUGUUAACUUGAUGGCCCCUCUCUUCGGGUGGAUAUACAGACGGCAUGAGGAAUUCAUCUGUCUUCUUGAGGAGAAGGAGCCAUUUGCGCUGGUUAUUCUUGCUUACUGGUGUAUUCUUUUGAAGUUCAUGAGAUCCUCGUGGCUUAUGAUCGCUUGGGAUCGACAUGUCAUCGCGGGAAUUCGGCAGUCUCUAGGAACUGAAUUCCACCAUUGGAUUGAGUGGCCUGUGCGUGUCAUUUGCGAUUGA